AUGGAGAGGCGUCUGCUUACAGAGCAGAGGGGAGAGCCCUGGUGUUGGGACAACCUGCUGAUCAAAAUCACCAAGACCACGGAGCUCAUUGUGGAGUGCAGGAGACUGCAGGGUGGAGGGCACACCCCUGCUGACAUCGAGGAGACAGAGGUGGAGAUGCUUCAGUAUGGAAUCGUUCUGGAUGCAGGCUCAUCCCACACCUCCAUGUAUAUCUACAAAUGGCCGGCUGACAAGCAGAACAAUACCGGCAUCGUUACCCAGCACGAUGAGUGUCAUGUAGAAGGUGGUGGGAUAUCAAGCUAUGCCGACAAUCCUAGUGGUGCAGCAAAGAGUCUCGAGAAGUGCUUGGAACAAGCUUUGACGAAUAUCCCCAAAUUCAGACACCAUCAAACUCCGCUCUGUUUGGGAGCGACUGCAGGCAUGAGGCUGCUGAGCAUCACCAAUGCCUCAAAGUCGCAGCGUGUAAUGAAGGAAGUGGAAAACAAACUCCAGUCCUACCCUUUCAAAUUCAAAGAGUCAAUCAUUCUGAGCGGGCAGGCAGAAGGGGUAUUUGGCUGGGUCACUGUUAACUACUUACUGGAAAACUUUGUCAAGUACGGUUUUGUAGGUCACUGGAUGAAUCCAGGCAGAGAGACAAUUGGAGCUUUGGAUUUAGGAGGAGCAUCUACUCAGAUUACUUUUGAAACCUCUGAAAAGGUGGAGAAUGAAAAUAACACAAUGGAGUUGAAGCUUUUUGGAGAAACCUACAGACUAUACACCCAGAGCUUCCUGUGUUACGGCCAAGACCAGUAUUUAAGGAAACUGCUGGCUCAUCUCAUUAAGAAUGUGAAUAAGAUAUUCUCCUUUGAGAAUUGCAAAUACUCCAAGUGCUCCUUUAAUGGAGUCUUUCAGCCCAGCUUGAGAGGAAGAUUCAUGGCAUUCUCUGCUUUCUACUUCACUCACAAAUACAUCUCGACCCUCACCAACAUGGAUAUGACGUCUCCUAAUCGAACCGAAGAGGCUGUCCGGCGCGUCUGCAGCAUGAGCAUCUCUGAGAUGACGAAUAGGACAAAGCAGGAUAAGAGAUACAUGAAGAAUGUCUGCGCCGUCUCCAAUUUCGUCCAGGUGCUCCUAACACAAGGCUACCAUUUUAACGAGGUUUCCCUUCCUUCUAUUUCUUUUGAAAAAAAGGCCGGAGGAGCAUCUGUAGGCUGGGCUUUGGGUUACAUGCUAAACCUGACCAAUCUAGUUCCAGCCGAAAAUCCUGUAGCGAUGAAGACCCUGCCCAUAGGGCCCUGGAAAGGCAUCCUCUUCCUCUCCAUCAUCCUCAUCUUCUUUGCACUGGGAUACCUUCUCUUUGUCUACAGAAAAACAAAAUCUAAUGAAGGAAUGCUUUGAGAGAGUAAAUUUCUCUCAGGCAAAAAGCCUUCAGUAAACACCGUUUUAAUUUUGGCUUUUUAUAUUAUGUAGCAAAAAUCAUUCUUAAAGUAAAGCUUGCCCUGUACAAGUUUUGCUUUAGAUUCACAAAUUUCAGUAAAUGUUCAGCUUACUCAUGUCAGUGUGCACAAAAUCCAAAAUAAAUGGGAUCCUUUUUUAAA